GAAAGAUCAUAUCUGUGCUAGCUAGUAAUGGAAGACAAUAACUUCUUGGAUUCUAACGAUGAUGAAGAGAUUGGUAGCGAGAAGGAUCAAAAGCUGGAAUCAGCUAAGGGUGAGCCUAGAGAAGAGAACAAGAUGUUGGAGUUCUUUGACAUCCUUCAACAAGAUAAAGCUGAAGAUGCUACAAAUGCUAAAGGUACAAUUAGCUAUGAGGAAAGUGAAGAAAGUGAACUAGUGUCUCUUUCUCUUGGGAUAUCAUCCAAUAUUGGUGAGGGUAUUGUGGAUAAACGACUUGAACUUGGGUUAGAUAUCAAUUUGGAUCCUUUGGAUGAAGCUGAAGAUGCAAAUAAUCUCAGCACUGAAAGUAGCUUUGGUGAGGGAGGGAAGGAAGAGGAACCAACUGAGAUGUGGCCACCCAGUAAAGUUUUGAAGACAAUGAAAAGUGGGGAUAAAAGUGAAGCUUCUCAAAAACAUGAUCAGAAGAAGGCUAGGGUUUCUAUUAGAGCCAGAUGUGAUGCACAAACGAUGAAUGAUGGGUGCCAAUGGAGAAAAUAUGGACAGAAAAUGGCAAAAGGAAAUCCAUGUCCCCGAGCGUACUAUAGAUGCACUGUUUCUCCAUCUUGUCCUGUAAGAAAACAGGUGCAAAGAUGUGCCGAAGACAUGUCCAUAUUGAUUACCACCUAUGAAGGAAUCCACAAUCAUCCACUUCCUAUGUCAGCCACUGCAAUGGCUUCCACUGCAAUGGCUUGCACAACUUCUGCUGCAGCCUCCAUGCUUCAAUCUCCCUCAUUGACUUCACAACAUGGACUAGUCAAUUCAGCUAUAUCCUCCAUCAUCAACUCUUUUGCUCCUAAUAAUUACAACCCUAAUAAUGCUCUAAACUUCUCUACAUACCAAGUUCCAAGACCACCUCAAUUCUACAUCCCCAACCCAUCCAUUUCAACCUUCAAUUCUCACCCCACAAUCACUCUUGACCUUACAACACCUCCAUCUUCCUCAAAUUCAACCUUCACUCACGUGCCAAAAUACUCACCAACAAGCCUUAAUUUUAAUUCUUCAGGGUUCUCUCCUCUACAAUCUAGCAUUUCUCAAUCACCUUGGAUCAACAGUUUUAGUGCUUACUUCAACACUGGAACAGUAACUCAAAACACAAACCAUGGUGGUAAUUACAUGUUAAACACCGGAAAUAUUCAACCAUCUCUAGGGCAUCUCCAUCAACCUAUUUACAUGAGCAACAACAACACCAUUUCUCAGCAAUCUUUUCCUGAUCCAAUUGUUGCUGCAACCAAGGCAAUCACAAGCAACCCAAAAUUUCAAUCAGCUUUGGCAACUGCUCUCACAACAUAUGUUGGCAAUGAAGGUGGUGGUGGUGGUAGGUUAAGAGAAAAUCAUGUCACUGAAAGUGCAGAAUUGAACUCAAAGCUAUGUAGUGAAAAUACCAUAGCAUGUGCAUCAUCAAGAAACUCGAAUAUGUUUCCAUUACCACUUCAGGUGUCUAAAAGUGCCUCUGGUUCGUGUUCUAAUAGAAGUAACCAGCUCUUGGAGCAAUGGAAGUGAAACAAUUAAUCAAGCCUCACUGUGUCUGUUUGUAUUAGAUGUUUGUAGAAUUAAUUUAUUAUAUUUUUGGAUCGUACGUCGUUGAACACGAUUAAUUAAAGAUGUAUACUCAAAUUAAUUUUUAGUUACAAAUUUUAUUCUAAAAUAUAUGCGUAUCUCAAUUUGUGAAAUUGAUAUUGGUAAUAAGCCGAAGGAGACCCGAAAUUUAUUGGGAGCUUGGCAUAACCUACACAAGGGACAUGCAUGAACGUUAAUCUACGGUUUUUCAGGUUUUGCUUUGGCAAAUAGGAAAGAAGGGUGUUGAUUUGAGUGAACAUUUUCAAGGCUUUGAUUCCCAAAUU